AUGUCAGAUUUAUUUACCGAGAAAGCAGCGGAGGAGCGUCAAAAGACGCCAGCCACCAACGGAUCCGAUACGGAGGUGGUCGCCGACUCCUUCAGCGAAAAGGCAGAACAUGUCACUGAUGAACAAUCUUCCGAUGAACAAUAUCCACAAGGCUUGAAGUUUAUCGCCCUUACAGGGGCUUCGAUAUCCGCCGUCUUUCUGAUUGCUUUGGACCAGACUUCAGCGGGAAAGAUCUACAAGUUUUUCAACCUGAAAUGGACUUUCUUAUGGUCGAUGCUCAUCUUCGAGGUAGGCAGCCUCAUCUGCGGUGUGGCUCCUACCUCGAAAGCUCUUGUAGCUGGUAGGGCCAUUGCCGGUCUUGGAGGUGCUGGUUUAUCAGUAGGCGGUACGAGCAUCAUUUCCUUAACCGUUCCGCCUUUGAAAAGGCCCCUGAUGAUGGGUAUCAUCGGCAUGACCUAUUGUCUAUCGGCGGUUCUUGGUCCAUUAUUAGGCGGGGCAUUUACCGAAUCUGUCACUUGGAGGUGGUGCUUUUACAUUAACCUGCCCAUCGGAGGACUCGCCGCAGCCGCUGUUGUCUUCUUUUUCAACUUGCCCGCAGCGGCAGCGCCUCCCCCGGCCACUUGGAAAGAGAAAUUGCUACAUAUCGACCUAGUUGGCGUUGCACUAGUCAUGGGGGCUAUCACUUGUUUCAUUCUUGGGUUGCAAUAUGGAGGAAUCACCCACCCUUGGAAGAGCAGCGUGGUCAUCGGUCUUCUUGUCGGCUUUGGGCUCCUCUCAAUUGCGCUGAUAACAUGGGAAAUCUGGAUCGGAGACUACGCCAUGAUGAUGCCGCGGCUAUAUCGACGGCGGUCCCUCUCGGCAACUGCCCCUUUCCAAUUCUUCUUCAUGGGAAGCUACAUUGUUCUGCUAUACUACCUUCCCCUUUACUUCCAGAGUAUUCUUGGCGUCAGCCCCAUCCAGUCCGGCGUGAACAAUCUUCCCCUGAUGGCCUCAGCCGCCGUUUUCUUCGCGCUUCUGGGUGGGAUCGUUGUUAUGAAAACCGGGCGAGCCCAACAGGUUAUGAUGAUUGGCUCCAUGAUUACGACCGCCGCGAUUGGUCUUAUCUAUACUUUGGACAUCGGAACUUCCACUGCCAGAUGGGCUGGUUAUCAGGUGUUUGUUGGUUCGGUCAUGUCCUUUGCUAUCAUGCAUGGCCUGGCUGUUGCUCAAGCCGACGUAGGUCCUGAAGAUCUUGCAGCCGUAACGGCGAAUCUUUUGUUCUUCCAAACAAUUGGAGGAGCAUUCAGUACCUCAAUAGGGCAGUCGGCCUUCGUCAACAGGCUGCUCAUCGCCCUGCCCGAGACAGCCCCUGGGGUGGACCCAUCCCUGGUUCUAUUCACGGGAGCCUCGGACCUGCAGCACGUCUUUCCCGAGGAAGUCCUCCCUGGAGUCCUCAAGGCAUACAUGGUUGGACUUAAAGCAGCGUUCGCUGUUGCCAUUGCCUUCUGUGGCUGCGCUUUCUUGGCCUCGCUGGCAAUCCCUAUGAAGAAGCUUCCAAGCCAUGAGCCAGGUGAAGGUCCUGUGGCCAUGGCGUGA